GGUGCAUUUUGACCUGGUGUGAGAAGACGGCUGAUCAUGAAGCAUCUCUUUGUGUUUUUUUGUGCGUGUUCUGUUCUGGUUCUGAGCUGUGCAGCACCAGCCCUUCAUGAUGCCAUAGCUCAUCCUGAAGAAAAGCCACAUGCUGAUGAAGAUUCCCCUCACAAUGCUAAGUACGACCGCUGUGAGGGCAUCGAGUUUGACGCCAUCGCCCCUGACGAGAAAGGGACCACGCUGUUUUUUAAAGGAGACCAUUUAUGGAAGGGGUUUUCAGGCCCUGCUGAGCUUGCGAAUGGUACAUUUCAGGCAUUAGAUGAAAAUCAUCACCUGGGUCACGUGGAAGCAGCUUUCCGCAUGCACAAUAAAGACGAGGAAGACAGCAAACACCAUGACCAUGUCUUCUUCUUUCUGGAUGACAAAGUCUUUAGUUACUACAACCACACUUUGGAGAAAGGCUUCCCUCAGGAGAUCCAGCAGGUGUUUCCAGAUGUUCCCAGCCACCUUGAUGCUGCGGUGGAGUGUCCAAAGGGAGAGUGCACCACUGACUCAGUCCUGUUCUUCAAGGGACAUGAAGUGUCCAUCUUUGAUAUCAAGACCAAGACAGUGAAGAAGAAGGUGUGGGAUCACUUGCCAGUCUGCACAUCUGCAUUCCGCUGGCUCGAGCACUACUACUGUUUCCAUGGUCACAACUUUACCAGAUUUCACCCGGUGACUGGGAACGUGGAAGGAAAUUAUCCGAAGGAGACUAGAAGAUACUUCAUGAAAUGCCCAAAUAUUGGUCACGGGGAUGGCCACAAAAGGCCCCUUCCUAAACUCGACGCCAUCACCACAGACAGCACUGGCAAAUCAUAUGCGUUCAUGGGAACAAUGUACAUUAGACUGGACACACACCGUGAUGGUAUUCAUCCCUUCCCCAUUGUAAGAUCAUGGAAGGAAGUCUCAGGACAUGUAGAUGCAGUCUUCUCUUAUGAUGACAAGAUUUAUAUCAUCCAGGGUGAUCAAAUAUAUAUCUACAAAUCAGCAGCACAUUACACACUCAUUGAAGGAUAUCCCAAACCACUAGAGGAGGAGUUGGGCAUCAAGGGACCUGUGGAUGCUGCAUUUGUAUGUAACGAACAUGUUGUCCAUGUUAUACAAGGUCAGAAAAUGCUCGAUAUUGAUCUGGCAGCGACUCCAAGAGCUGUGAAGGUGGAGGCUCCACUUCCUUUCCCUAAAAUUGAUGCUGCGACGUGUAACGUUGAGGGAGUGAAAGUGUUUGUUGGUGAGGUAUAUUACCAGUACCAAAGCCCUAAAGAGCUGGCUACAAGCAAAAUUAACCCACUACCCCAUAAGCUCUCAUCUGAAAUAUUUGGUUGAAGAGAACAGAAGCAAACAGAAACAAACUUCACAUGAAAUGCAUUAAAUGCCUUUUUAUUAAAUUUCCUGUACAUCAUACAUUUAAAUAAAUAUUUCAUUUAA